AUGCCUAAAGCUAAAAAAGUAACAAAAGAAAAAGUUAAACGAGUUAAAGGAGAAAAAAAUACAAAGAAAUCAAAAAGUCUUCAAAAAGAAGGAAUUGAUAAUUUAGCAAUUGUUAAUGAAGAAGGAGAAAUUAAAUAUAAUACAAGAUCAAAAGAUAGUGCUAUUGUUUCAGUUGGAAAACAAGGAGAAGAAAGUAAAGCAUGGCCAGAUUAUGUAUUUUUAAAAGGAACAUCAUUUUCAAGUAGUAAUAAAGAUAAAGUAAAAGAUAUUAAAAUAGAAAAUUUUACAUUACAAGUACCAGGAAAAGUUCUUCUUAAUAAUUCAUCAUUAACAAUGGGAUUUGGAUCAAAAUAUGGAUUAGUUGGAAAAAAUGGAAUUGGGAAAUCAGUAUUAAUGUGUGCUAUUUCAGGAAGAGAAAGUGGUACACCAUUUGCUAAUAUUCCAGCAAAUAUUAGAAUUUUACAUGUUCAACAAGAAGUUCCAGGAAAUGAAUUAACACCAUUAGAAACAGUAUUACAAGCAGAUAUUGAAAGAUUAUGGUUAAUUAAUGAAGAAAAAAGAUUAUUAACAGAAAAAGAUAAAAAAAUAGAAAAUAAAGAAAAUGAAGAAGAAGAAGAUAUUGAACCACCAUAUGAUUUAAAUGAUAUUUAUGAAAGAAUGAAAGAAAUUGAAGCAAGUAAAGCAGAACCAAGAGCAUUAAAAAUUUUAAAAGGUCUUGGAUUUGCAGAAGAUGAAAUGAAAAGUAAAACAACUAAAGAAUAUUCAGGAGGAUGGAGAAUGAGAAUUUCAUUAGCUACAGCAUUAUUUUUACAACCAGAUUUAUUAAUUUUAGAUGAACCAACAAAUCAUCUUGAUUUAAAUGCAGUUAUUUGGUUAGAACAUUAUUUAAUGAAUUGGAAAAAAUCAUUAUUACUUGUUUCACAUGAUACAUCAUUUUUAAAUAAUGUAUGUGAUCAUAUUGUUCAUUUUACUAAUCAAACAUUAACAACAUAUAGAGGAGAUUAUGGUAGUUUCUUAAAAGCAUUAGAAAUGAAAAAAAAUUCAGAUGAAAAGAAAAAAAGAAUUGAAAAGGCAGAACAACAAAAAGCAAAGAAAAAAGGAGAAGAAAAGAAAAAAGUAAAAGUUCAAUUAACAAAACAAGAAAAAGCAAGUAAAGAAUUAGAAGGAAAAGCACCAGUAUUUGAAUUCCCAGAUCCAGGAGAUUUUGAUACAUGUGCUGUUCAAUUUGAUGAAGUCUCAUUUAAAUAUGAAGGAGCAAAACAACCAAUUUUUAGAGAUUUACAAUUUGGAAUUUAUCUUAAAAGUAGAAUUGGAUUAGUUGGACCAAAUGGAACAGGUAAAUCUACAUUAAUGAAAUUAAUUGAUGGAGAAUUAAAAGAAACAACAGGAUUUAUUACUCGGGAUAGACAAUUAAGAAUUGGUAGAUUCCAUCAACAUCAUGUUGAUCAAUUACCUAUGAAUAUUUCUUCUAUUGAAUAUAUGCAAAAAACAUUCCCAUCAGCUCAAAUUCAAGAAAUUAGACAAUUUCUUGGAAGAUUUGGAUUAAAAGGAGAUACACCAAAACAACAAAUUCAAACUUUAUCAGGUGGUCAAAAAAGUAGAUUAGUUUUUGCUGAAAUUUGUUGGAAAAAACCACAUUUAUUACUUCUUGAUGAACCUACAAAUCAUCUUGAUGCAGAUUCAAUUGAAUCAUUAAUUGAAGGAUUAUCUACUUUUGGAGGUGGAUUAGUAUUAAUUUCACAUCAUCAACAUAUGAUUGAAUCUGCAUGUGAAGAAAUCUGGGUUGUUAAAGGAAAUGGUACUGUAGAACGUUUUGAUGGAGAUUUUAAUGAUUAUAAGAAUAUGUUAUUGAAAGAUAUGGAUCUUGAUGAUGAAGAUAAUUAA